GAUACGUUGAGUGUGGACGAGUUGUUGGCAAGGCUGGAACGCGUGGAGACGGAGAUCGUGAGCCUCACGUGGGAUGCGGCUCUGGACAUCGCGGGGGUGCCCGAUGCUCGCGAUGAGAUGGAGAUCUUGAGUGCUACGUGGGAUGAGGCUUUCGACAACGCGGGGAUCCCCGAG